ACAAGCCAUGGGAUUAUUUGAGUAUGCUGCCUCUUUGGUUGUGCGACCUUCCCAACGUGCAGCAGGACAAGGCCUUUUCACAAUAAAGCACCACAAGGCCGGAAGCCUUUUGUUGGCAGUGCCUGCUGGAAGGUGUGCUUCCCCUGAGUUGCGAGCCCUUCAAGCUGCAAGCACUGGAAGUGAUCACUAUCAGCUACCACAGGCCUUGCCACCUGAAGAUGCGCUUCGUGGAGUUGAGCUAAAAGAGGACCACAAACAACACGCCGCUGCUUUUGCUGCUUUGCUGAGCGAUCCCAGGCAAUGGCGCUCGAUCAGUGCCCCAAGGAGACUUGUGACGGGCAAGGCAGAGCUGCGAUCUUCUGAGCUUUUCUUCUCCUUGGCAAGAUUGACCAGAGCUCCAGCCUCCGACGCGUUCAGCGUCCACGGUCUGAUAAACCACAGUUGCGCACCAAACGUUCAGCGUACCUUCAUGACAUCGGCAGGUGACGAACGUCCGUGGCUCUUGCUGCGUGCAGCAGAAGACAUACAGGCUGGAGAGGAGCUCAUGGACAGUUACUUCUUUCCGCUGAUGCCGCUCGAAGAAAGGCAUCGGUGGCUCUCACUUCUUGGUCCAAAGGCGAUCUUCGAAUGUCGUUGUGCCAGAUGCGUUGCAGAAGCUUCAAAAGAUGAGGCUGGAGGGUGGUCAAAGCUGAAGGACGUUUUGAUUCAGUUGGCUUUGUUGCGAGGCAAAGGUCUCCCACAACAACCGGGCGCUGACGCUGUGCUAGGCAUAAGGGACCCGUUGCUCCAGCAGCCUAGCGCAGAAAGGGUUCUACAGCAACUGCAGGAGAUUCUCGCCCAAGAGCGUUUGUCGUCACCUAGUUGGGCUGUCGGAGCUUCAAUGCUUGCAGAUUUACAGGUGGCCGUGGCUGGAGACUUUGCAGCUGCCGAAGCCACUCUAGGUUUGGCCAUGAGUGGCUUGAAGACCGGAAGUGCUGCAAAGUUAGAGUUGGCAGCUGUCCGCUCCAGCUAUGCAGUAACUCGAGCAGUAUGUCAUGGAGGCAACGCAGGUAGUGCCAUGGAGGAGGUGAAGAAAUGCCAUGAGCUUGUUUGUGGCGCAGGAGCACCGAGUUCAUUGUCGUUCUUGCCUCCAUUGGAACGCUACUUGGAGCAGCUUUGCAUAGAGUGAAAAGAUGCAAAAGGAUGAAAAA